GCGGGCGCUGAGCGACGGCCGGGGCCGAGGCCGCGCAGCGGGCGGCGGGCUGCGGGCUGCGGCGGGGCGCAGCCGCCUGCCUGGCAGCAUGUCGGGCUCGCGCUGCCAGACGCUGUACCCCUUCUCCGGGGAGCGGCACCGGCAAGGGCUCCGCUUCGCCGCGGGGGAGCUGAUCACGGUGCUGCAGGUGCCGGACGGCGGCUGGUGGGAAGGGCAGAAAGAGGACGGGCUGCGCGGCUGGUUCCCGGCCAGCUACGUGCAGCUCCUGGAGAAACCCAGAAAGGCAACCACUCAGCCAGGAGAAGAUACCUUGAAUGGCCAUCUUCCCCCAGGCUGGCAGAGCUAUAUGUCUCCCCAGGGCCGCAGGUACUAUGUGAACACCUUCACAAAUGAGACAACCUGGGAGCGGCCGAGCAGCAUGCCUGGGACUCCAAAGAGCCCUGUGACACAGAAGAGUCCUGCAGUGAAUGGCUACCACAUUUCUGGGACGCCAGUACACCAACUAGACUCUGGUCAUACGAGCCUCCGGAAAGCCAGUGGAGACCCCCAGACCCCAGGCUCCCCGGCGGCGCCGCGGAGGCAGAGCAAGGAAAGCAGCCUGACGAUAAACUGUGUGACUUUCCCCCACCCUGAUGUAAUGCCAGAGCAGCAGUUGCUGAAACCUUCCGAGUGGAGCUACUGUGAUUAUUUCUGGGCUGAUAAGAAGGAUUCACAAGGGAACAAUACAGUGUCGGGAUUUGAAAUUCUUCUUCAAAAACAACUUAAAGGGAAACAAACACAGAAAGAAAUGGCAGAGUUUGUUCGAGAAAGGAUAAAGAUUGAGGAGGAAUAUGCUAAAAAUCUGUCCAAACUGUCUCAGAAUUCCUUGGCUGCUCAGGAAGAAGGCACGCUGGGAGAGGCUUGGGCUCAGCUAAAGAAGAGUCUUGCUGAUGAAGCAGAGGUUCAUCUCAAGUUUUCUUCUAAGCUUCAGAGUGAGGUAGAGAAACCCCUGCUCAACUUCAGAGAGAACUUUAAGAAAGACAUGAAGAAGUGUGACCACCAUAUUGCAGACCUACGGAAGCAACUGGCCAGUCGCUAUGCAGCAGUUGAAAAGGCCCGGAAGGCCUUGACAGAGAGACAGAAGGAUCUGGAAGCGAAAACACAGCAGCUGGAGGUGAAGCUCAGCAACAAGACAGAAGAGGAAAUUAAAAAGGCAAGGCGGAAGUCCACUCAGGCAGGAGAUGAUCUGAUGCGUUGUGUGGAUCUUUAUAAUCAAGCACAGUCCAAGUGGUUUGAGGAAAUGGUGACCACAACUCUGGAGCUUGAGAGGCUAGAAGUUGAAAGGGUGGAGAUGAUUCGGCAGCAUCUUUGUCAGUAUACACAGCUGCGGCAUGAGACAGACAUGUUCAACCAAAGUACAGUAGAGCUCGUGGAUCAGUUGCUUCGGAAAGUGGAUCCUGCCAAAGACAGGGAACUGUGGGUAAAAGAACACAAAACUGGAGAUAUCCGACCUGUGGACAUGGAAAUAUAGACUGUUCUUAUAGUUGUAUGUGAUGAAUUAACCAGGCUAAUGUUUUUUUUAGGGGUCAGAAGAGCAUAUGGAAAAUGUUCUUCCACUACCAGACACCUUGUAAUUUAUGCCUGUACGGGCUAUCUCUGUUACAUUUAGUCAUUAAAAUGGUUUUCAUUGUGCUAACUAAGCCUUAAAUACCAAACAUUCCAAGGUGAAGGAAAUAGGUAUGCACUUCCCACCAAAGGUUCUCAAUUGCACGCAACUUCCAGAAGAAAUCUGCUUUCUGGUACAGAGAGAACUCUGUUCUUCAGUGACUUUGUGCUAUAUCCAUUGCAUGACUAUCGUAUAUAGUAUGUUAGAACAACAAUGCAGUGUCUCCUCUGGCCAGCAAGUGGGUAAAUGAACAUGGUGCAGGAGGCAAGGAAGCCCUAAUCAUGAACCCCAGGUCUGUUACUGACUGCUUUCAUGACCACAGGCAAGUCAAUUAACUUUCUGGCUCCCCCAUCUGUAAAACUUGCAUAUCUUGCAGCAACGUUGUGCAAAUACAUUUAUUUCAUAUAA